AUGCUUCAACGUACCAAGUAUAACCGCUUCAGGAAUGAUUCAGUGACAUCAGUUGAUGAUCUUAUUCACAGUUUGUCCAUGAACAGCAAGGUUUCAGCAGUUGCUACAACUUCGGCAGCACCUUCAUACCUGGUCACUCCAGAGGUUCUCCGCAAGGACCAAGAAGAUGGACCCACCACUCUGUGUACCCUCAUCCAUAAAGUGUCCCACUUGAAAUUCUCUAAUACAGGCAGCCUUUUGGGUAUCAAAAACCUGUCCUCUGCAGUGAAGGAGCUUGCAGUCUCCAAGUUACAGGGAAGCUCGGGUGCUUCCAGCUCAGCAGCAGAAGCUUUUGACAGCACAUGUAACCUUGUCUCUGCUACUUCGUGUUUGCAGCAGGACGUGAGCAAGAUGAAUAUGGGGAGAAAAACACAGUCAGAGGAAAUGCGCCCCGGAGAUGAAGACUGGAAUCGAAGGAGCAGCAUUGUCGAUAAACCCUCUCAAGGAUGGCUGCACUGGAGUGAGAAGAUCCUGGGACCUGGUGUGACGUACACUGUGAAGUACUUGGGGUGUAUAGAAGUCUUGCGUUCAAUGAGAUCUCUUGACUUCAAUACUAGAACACAAAUUACAAGGGAAGCAAUCAGUCGUGUUUGUGAAGCUGUACCUGGUGCCAAAGGAGCCUCCAAGAAACGAAAGACACCGAACAAAGUUCUGUCCAGCAUCUUGGGAAAGAGCAAUCUUCAGUUUGCAGGAAUGAGCAUAAUGCUGAAUAUUUCUACUGCAAGCUUAAACCUUAUGACUCCUGAUAUGAAACAGAUCAUAGCAAAUCACCAUAUGCAGUCUAUCUCUUUUGCAUCUGGAGGUGACCCGGAUACAACUGACUAUGUUGCAUACGUAGCUAAGGAUCCUGUUAAUCGGAGAGCUUGUCAUAUACUGGAAUGCUGUGAUGGCCUUGCCCAGGAUGUCAUCAGCACCAUUGGGCAAGCAUUUGAGCUUCGAUUUAAGCAAUACUUGCAGUGCCCCUCUAAGAUACCUACUUUCCAUGAUAGGAUGCAGAGUUUUGAUGAGCCAUUGAUGGAGGAAGAGAGUGCAGCAGCAGAACAUCCCUAUUAUAAUAAUAUCCCAAAUAAAAUGCCCCCUUCUGGUGGCUUCAUUGAUGCCAGACUCAAAGCAAAGAUUCGCACUGCUGCAGACACAACUCAGUUUGCAGCAGGAAUGAAAAAAGAGAAGAUCUAUUACCAGAAUCGUCACGUAGGAGACAAAUUCAAUGAAGACUGGCAUCAGGAGACUGUUAAGCAAGAUAUUUAUUGUAUGCCAAAAGGGAAAUCACAAGCAACCACUGCAGCAGAGAUGCCAACGUAUGUGAACACACAGCAUAUAAAUAUGGAAAGUCUACUGGCACUUCCAGCAGAUGCUGAAAGUGACAUCAGUGGAAACACAGAUAGUACCAAAGAGAGCAGCCCAGAAAAGGAUCUGUUCGAUAUGAAACCAUUUGAAGAUGCCCUCAAGAACCAAACAUCUGAGCCUGUGCUGAGUAAAUUGACUUCUGUUGAAUGUACUAGUCCUCUCUUAUGUAGAGCUGCUGACUGGACUAGAACAGAAGAGCUGAGUAUAGAGCCAUGGUAUCAAGGAGAGAUGAGUAGGAAAGAAGCUGAACAGCUGUUAAAGAAAUGCGGAGACUUCCUUGUGAGAAAGAGUACCACAAAUGCAGGUUCUUACGUAUUGACAGGCAUGCAAAAUGGACAAGCCAAACACCUUCUUUUGGUGGAUCCAGAAGGAACUGUUCGUACAAAAGAUCGUGUCUUUGACAGCAUAAGUCAUCUCAUCAAUCAUCACCUUGAGAAUAAUUUGCCAAUAGUUUCUUCUGGGAGUGAACUCUGCUUGCAGCAGCCUGCUGAGAGGAAACACUGAGUCGAGAUAAUUAUUUCAGUUUUUGUAACUUGCAAGCUAUAACUGGUGAAAACUGCAGAUCUCAAAAUGUAUGUUAAAAAAAAAAAAAAGCAUAUUCCCCUAUAAUUCACCAGUAUAUUUUCUUUAGUUUUAAUAAACCCUCUUUCACAUGAAAAUUCUCAAUGCUUUAUGUGGAUAUGAAGCCACAACAGAAGGCUUUCUAAAAAAGUAAUUUCAAUAAAAUUGUUCCGAUUCUCUGUUGUGAAUAUUAAGUGUAUAUAUACGCAUUAUACAUAAAUACUACAAGUA